AUGAGGGAAGUCAACUUCAGCAUCCCCAACGUGAACAAGGCGUCCGUCAACAUCACAACGACGCUGUACGACCGACGAGCGCUCGACUGCACAUCGACCCUGCCGCUGAUCAACUCGCUUAACCACCUCGCAUACCUGACCACGUCAUCCGCGCGAAUUCGAGACAUCCUGACCGUCGAUGGCGGCAUCGAGCGAUUGGUAUGCAUCCUGAAGGAGGGCCGGAGUAAGGACCUGAUGGAGAUGUGGAAAUGGAGCCUGGCCUUUCAAUGUGUUGUCAACAUCGGCGUGCGCGGCUCUGAAGCCGUGCGCACUCGCGUUGUUGAGGCCGAUAUGAUUCCUGUCAUUGCGACCAUUCUCGACAACUACGUCCAGGUCGUCGACAAGGUCCGCGCCCGUGCCGAUGCCGACCGGUCGACUUCGUCCCGACACAUCCAACCUCUAUCGCAGAACCGAGAUCAGGCUGGCCUGGCCUCGUCAUCAUCGUCGUCGGUCUUUGAGCGCUCAGCAGCCAUGGACCAACGGCCCUCGCGUCGACAGGCGCCCCCGCCGUCGAUUGAGAUUCCUCAGCCCUUCAGUCAUGACAAUCCUCUCCAUCAACACCAUCACCACCAUCAUCAUCGCCACAACCACAACCAUAACACUCACGAUCAACCCCAGAACCAGGCUGCUAUGGACCUUACACCCGCUCCCCAGGUCGUUUUGACGUCCCCGCCCGAGCGAACAACGUUUGGCCGCGAUGUUCACAACCCUAGAUACCACGACUUACGAUACCAGCAACCUUCCCCCGGCAUUCGGCCAAUGCAACCCCUGGCCACUGCCGUUCCUACCAUGGAUGUAACUGAUGGAUUUGGCUUGCAACCGGUCCAGGAUGGUCUUCGUCUGCCUAGCAUGCAAGUCCUCACUCCCCGAUCUGCUGGCAUCACCUCCCAGCCGGACUCCCCUACAACGCCUGGCGGGCCAUCGCAACCCCGCAACACAUCACAUCCUGCCGUUCGUCUGGCGCGCCCGACGCUGCGCCAUCACCAGUCAGCGUCAGGUGAAUCCGACGACGCUAAUGGAGAAGAUUCCCCGAUGGCAGAAGAGGGACCAUCAGGCCAUGUGGCCGAGCCCAUCGUGGGCGUCCAAAAUUCCAUGGAGAUUGACAACGUAGGCGACGGAGAAUCGAUUCUCGAUGAUUCUGAGUCUCGUGGCUUGGCAAUGUCCGAUCCCUCGCGAACCCAAGACGCCGAAACCUUCAACAUCACACACCGCUCGGCUGUUGAUGGCAGCAUUGUCAAUACGACUAAUACGCAAGCCCCAGGCACGUUAGGCUUCUCACCUACGAACGCACCGACAAACGCAAACUCUCCUACCUUGAAUCCCAGUCCUUACUCGACCUUUCUCCGAAACCACAACUCGCCCCAGGGCGUGUUGACCUCGAUGCCCCGCGAUGAAGAUGUGCUUAUGGCCCUGCAACUACUUGCUUAUGUUUCCAAGUAUUGCAACCUUCGUCCUUAUUUCCAGUGCUCUCAUCUGGUUCCGAAACUGAAAAUCGGGCACGAGCUGGGCUUGCUAGACGACCCGACGGGCGCCAGUCUUCCCAUGGAAGAAGAGGAAGAGGAAGAGGAAUACAUUAUUCCCGACGACUACAAUAUCUUCCCUCUGGUUGAGAAAUUUACCGUGAGACACCAUUCAAAGGAUAUGCAAUACUGGGCGUGCGUGGUUAUGCGAAAUCUAUGCCGCAAGGAUGAAUCCCGAGGCGGAAUUCGGCAAUGCGCCUUUUACGAGUGCGGCAAGUGGGAGCAAUUUCAACGACAGUUUGCAAAGUGUCGUCGCUGCCGUCGAACAAAGUACUGCAGUAAAGAAUGCCAAAAAGCUGCAUGGGUGUACCAUCGUCAUUGGUGCCACAGCACUCCAUGA